AUGAGCUUAAAUUGGGCUAUGCUCGGACCUAAUGGGCAAACUCCUGUUCUUUUACCUGGUGAAAAGGUCUUUACAACCCAGAAUGCAGUCAAAAUGGUGCUUGAUUGCAAUGAGAAUGGCUAUCCGGGGAAUGCUGGUGGUUACUGGGAAGCGGAUGGUACGGUUACCUUGACCAAUCAAAGAAUUGUGUUUGCAGCAUCUUCACCUUCUCAGACAUUUCAGACCCUCAACGUACCAGUCUUAAUGUGGAAAAAUUGGAAAUUGGAACAACCUUGGUUUGGCGCCAACUAUAUUUCGGGGAUACUGUUACCGGUACCUGGUGGUGGACUAUCAAAAAAUGGCAAACUUUCUUUGACAUUCCGUGAGGGUGGUUCCAUUGAAUUCACAACGAUUUAUCGAAGUCUUUUAGAGCGUAUAGGAGAAACAAACCAAACCCCACAACAUUAUGAGCCCUUGCCAGCUUAUGAAGGGCCUUCAGGUGGCGCAAGUGGACAUACAAAUUAUCCUCCGCCACCUAUGCCAGUUCAGGAAGGGUCCACAAGUGGUGGUAAUCAAAUAGUCUAUCCUCCUCCUUCUCCUCCUGCUCCUGCUCCUUUUCCUUCUUCUACAUAUAUGCCAACUCCGCAAAUACAGCCACAAUGUACGAUAUCACCGGUCAAUCAAAGAGUCUAUCCCCCUCCUCCAAUGCCAGUUCCUUAUGAACAUCCUUCUCUGAAUCCAAAUCCUGGACUUGAUCAAUCUUUGAGUGAUCUUCCACCUAGUUAUGAUACUAUAUCGAACAAGUAGCUUAAAUAUAUAUAUAUAAAUAUAUAUAU